AUGUGGCCCCCCGACCUCGGGCCUCCAGAUGUCCAGCUGACCCUUCCUGGUUUUGGGAGUGUGUUUGAAGAUGUGGAGGACCCUCAGGCGCCGCUGUCUUCCAGUGGCUUCUGCCAGUCAUCGAUCCAUUCAGGUGGUUUGGGCGUGUGCUGUCUUCCAAGGACUUCCCUGUCCCUGUCCUCUCUGGGGCGUGACCUCACCUCCCUGCUCAGCUGUAAGACGAAUGGAUCCCAUGUUGAUAAAACAAUGGAGGACUUUGCCACCACAGCACACACAGACACCAAGAACAGCACUCAGAGGUUCAGUUGUUACCCCCAGCCCUCUCUUCCUAUAUCUUACAUGCUCACCAGCUGUGCUACAUCUCCCUCUUUCUGUACCCCGCCAUCCUCUCUUUCCUCUUCCUCCUCCUCCUCAUCUUUAUUCUUUACCUCUUCCUUGCCUCUUUCUGAUGCACUUGGGGCCAACAACAAAACUUCUCAGCAACAGCAAAAGCUACUAGAAGAGUAUCACUCAAUAAAACAAGAGCCAGCGGAUGAUUUCCUGCCAUGUAAGAGGGAGCCGUUUCAACUUAACAACCAGCAGGGGGAGCUGUACCAUGUGGGCCAGCCCCUCCAGGGCCUUGACGGUCAGGACAGUACCCCUCUUCAUUCACCCAGACUUAACGGACCCACAGGAAAGGACGCCACUGGGGACCAGCAAGAUCAACCGUGUCAUUGGAUCGACUGUAGUGCCGCUUACAGCAGCCAGGAGGAGCUAGUGAGGCACAUCGAGAAGGUGCAUAUUGACCAGCGCAAAGGGGAGGAGUUUGCCUGUUUCUGGGCUGGUUGUGUGCGGCGCCACAAGCCCUUCAACGCUCGCUACAAGCUGCUGAUCCACAUGAGAGUCCACUCUGGAGAAAAACCCAAUAAAUGCAUGUUUGAGGGCUGCUCCAAGGCCUUUUCGCGUCUGGAGAACCUGAAGAUCCACCUGAGGAGCCACACAGGAGAGAAACCGUAUAUCUGUCAGCAUCCCGGCUGCCUCAAGGCCUUCAGCAACUCCAGCGACCGAGCCAAACACCAGCGCACACACCUGGACACGAAGCCGUACGCCUGUCAGAUCCCGGGAUGCACCAAGCGCUACACCGACCCCAGCUCGUUACGAAAGCACGUCAAAGCUCAUUCAGCCAAAGGCCUUCAGGAGAGGGAGGUCAAGGUUCAAGUGCACUCAUUGCUGGAAUCGGAAAUUUUAAGUGACUGUCUGGCAAGGCAGCAUCUUCACAGCUCCGCCUCCCACCAAGGAAACAGUUCACCUUUACCGGGCAUAGAUGACUUCACAGGUGUGUACUCAAACAGCAGCACCGUCCAUAACAGAGGGAGUUCGGAGUUUCUGCCUCCAUCAUCAGACACCUGCUCGAGGUAUCAAGGCAUGGAGGGAAACGCCAGCAGCCGAUUAUCUUCGUUAACAAGCCCAGGGAGCAUGAGAGAAGAGAACAGACCGACAUCGUUGUUCAUGUCUGCUGACGUCAGCCCAGUGAGCUCCUCAUCAGACGGUGCGGACGUCCGGCUGCAGGGUUACCACAAAAACUACAACCACCAACAGCAAGUCUUUUCACAGCAGCAGCAAGGCUGUUUGUAUGGAGAAGGAAAAGUGGUUCAACCUGCCAGCGAUGGAGACUUUGAAGCCUCUGGUUAUUUUACGACCUUUUCCACCUCUCACUCUACAGGGUUUGACUUGUUGCAGGACCUCCAGGGCCAGGCAGGGGGCGGGUACUCCAUGUCUCCUUGCCCAGACGACAAUUUCCUCUUCCAGGCAGGAGGUGUUGACCGCUGCCUCAAUCAGAUCUACUCCAUCUACUUGGACUCAUGAUGACGACCCAGAACCAAAAGAACAAAACAAAAAUUAGAAUCACUUUGUUUUCCCAACAACAAAAAGCAGCAUGUAUGAUGUACUGUAUGACAGCAGACAAUCACACCAGUAACAUACUGUAUAUUCAAGCUUUAACAGUACAAACAAAUUAAAAUAUCCACGAGGCAGAGCUGUUUGGUCAAAUUAGAAAUAGCAGUGACUUUUAUAUUCAGAAAUGACCACAGCAUUUGUGAUCUGGAUAGAAUGAGCUAUGAGCUUUAGGUCAGGUAACUGGCUCUCCGGCUCUGCCACUGAUGUUAAACUCAACGGAUAAUGUAUUUUUGCUUCCUCAGCAGCUUUUCCUUCAUAAAAUGUUAAAAGGGAAAGCUUUUACCCUAAAUGGGAUCUUCAACUACAGUGAUUCCUAAUCUGGGAUCAAUUUAUGAAUCUGUGAGAAGAAAAUAUAAGAAGAAAAUACCACAAACAAAACAACAUAGUUCUACUUUUAAAUUAUAACAAAAUUAUAGAAAUUAUUUUUGACUUUGCUCUAAUUUUAUUCCUUUUUUCUGUUAAAAAUGAUAGUUUUUCCCCUUCAUUGACCUUAACAGCCAUAUAAAUGAGUGUCAGAGAAGGAAAAACUUCUUUGGUUGAAAUAAUUACAACUCAUAUGCAACAUGUGACGAGGGUUCACAAGAUGACACAGCUUUAUUAUAAGGUGUCACAGAGCAAAAAGGAUGGGAAACAUUGCGUUAUAAUGGAUGACAAGUUGCACUCAAUAUUCUAUUUAAAACAUUUACAUCAGAAGUUAUACAUUUUGGUAAAUAAGCUGUUUUGCAGCUGGUUAAGUAAGUGUAGCGUAAACUCUGGAAACAGAGGAAAACAACUUGUCUUUCUUUGUCCACAGUUAAUAAAAUCCACCUUCUACCACUACAAAAGUUCACUAAUCGACACUGCACUUGGUCAAGAAAUAAUUUGGCACAUAACCCUCAUAAACUCCACAAUCUGUUGUUUUUAUACACUUUUACACUAGAUUUAACAUGUUAACUACACGAAUGAGCUGUAGAGGUGUUAGUGGCUGGAUAUUGUUAAUUUUGGACAGAGCCAGAUUAGAUUUUCCACUCAUUAUGUUAAGAUUAGAUAACUUGGUGCUGCAGCCACCUGAGUGGUCUUAUAAUAACUCUUAGCAAGAAAGCGGAUACACGUAUUGCCCAAAAUGUCAGACUAAUCCUUUAAGGUUAUAAGUUUAUAAGCAGCAGCCAAGUUACCUUGUAACUAAAGUGUCAUUAAGCAUCUUUCAAUGGCUUGUUGCUGCACUAGAGGAAGCUGAAGGAGAACGGAGAGCACAGUAAACUGUAGCAGUGCUGCCCCCAAGUGUCUGAACGACUAUAUAAAUAUUGUGCAAUUAUUAUACAGUCUGUAGUGCAAAGUGUGUCAGUGUGGAAGAAUCUUUGAACUAAUAAACUGACACACAAAUAAAAUAAAAUAAAAAACUGCACUAAAAUAUAUUGCUUCCUCAGUUGUGGACUGAGAGUCAUCAACAAAAUGCUGGCAUACUUUUUCGCUUAUGUUUGUAAUCUAACAAAGAUCAAGAUGGUAGCAUAAUCAAUCUCCUUUGUUUUUUAAAAUAUUGUCUUUUUUGUUGCUUCAGCCAGUGCCUUUAUGUUUGUUGUAUAGUGUCUAUCAGUGUUAUAUUCAGUGAGAGGGAGGUGUGCAUUGUUUACAGCAAGUUCUCUGCACUCUUUUCUGUCUCAUCAGAGACUUUAAAUGACCAACCAGAAAAAUGUUUACACUGAUUUUGUAGCAAUUCAGAGAUUUCUUAUUAUUGUCAUUGAACAGUGUAAAAACUGUAUAAAA